AAUUGGAACGUUCAAUAAAAACGAAAACUAUCUACAGCGUUCACGAUUCCAUUUGCGUUGGAAACAUUUUGACCACACUAAUUUGCCACAGUUCAUUUCUGCCGGCGAGCGCGAUCACCGUUGCCCAUAGUCAGUUUAAAGGGAACAAUGGCAUAUCGCACGACCAACGGUAUAUUUUCAUUCAUGAAAAAAGCCCGGCAAAACUCAUGAAUGAGUGUCAAGACCGGUACAUUUUCUUACUGGUUUCGUCCCGGUGCAGUCGUGCUCGUGUGUUCUGCCGUUUUACAUUGUCCUUUGUGCCUUGUGUCCUUGUCCACGUUUUUUAAACCGCCCCGCUCGAUCAUUUUCCGUACAAUUUAAAGGGCUUAGAAGAGAAUAAAAGAGUUUAAAUCGUCUCAAAGCGCCAGAUUUAAAGUGCUGCUGCUGUGUAAUGGAGAAUUUGGUACAACGUUUGGCGCCGAAAUCGUUGACCCUGUGCGCGGAAUCGUUCGACAUGAUGAAGGCGGACGUGAUGAGUGGCAAAAGCCUGUCCACAUCCGGAACGCUCGUAAAGUCGAAGCUGCUGAACAGCCUGUUUUGGCACAGUUACUAUGCGCGCGAUCCGGUAAAGGAGACGCUGGAUGCACACCAACCGAAGACGCUGUUUGAGCCCCGACCGACAGCGCAGGAUUACGCGGAACCGGCGGGCAACGAGUGCGCCUCCGUGCUGGAUUCUCUCAAUAAGGAAAUUGUGUGGGAAUAUCUGAGCAUCCCCAACGCCGAGGAAGAGGGCUGUGAAUAUUGCAAUAUUCUACCGGCUGAAAAACAACUGUUUCCCAAGCACCAGCUUUACAGGAACGGAAACUUGAACUGUCCCGUGUUAAUGGCCAUGAAGAGUGCUUAUCUUCAUAACAAGGGGAAAAGCUUUUCAUCUAAAAGACGUUAACUUCUCCCCAAAGGAACCGGAUCUUUGCACAACCAACGAUUCACCUAUAUUUUGAUAUUGUUCUACAUUGUUUGAAACUUUGUUCCUACAGCUUCCCUAUUUUUGUAUUAAUUUAUUUGAAUCACUCAGAUAUUUGUCGUUCGCGAAAUGUUUGCUGAAAGAUUGUAACAGCCUUUGUAUUUAACACGAUGGUUUUAUAAACUAUUAUAUAUUUAUAAUUCGCAAAUGUAAGGAAAAAAAUACUCAAGCUAAGAAACACCCAAAGCCGGCUUCAGCUAAGAUAGUUGAUCGUUCCUUUCAUUGUAACUCCAAAGUCAGCCGUUUAGUAGAUCUUAUUCCGAUUAUUGUUGCUAUUGUACAAACAAAGCUAGUUAGCAAAGGUUAUUUUCUAAACCAAACGAAGGUAGGAAAAAUUAGCUAAAAAACGGGGACAGAUAAAGGCAGUUAGGCUCCAACUCCAACUAUAGACAGAUGAAGAGCAAAUAAUCAAACUAAUUUAAACUAACUCCGAGAGUAUUAAAUGUAGCGAUUGAAAUAAUAAGAUAGAGAAAAACGUGUGGCUUUUGGCCUUUCCUUUGCUCACGUAGAGAAUUGGAAGGAUUCAAGUAUUGGAGGAUGAAGUAAGAAGAAAAAAAAAAGGUUCAUCGCGAUAAAUACGGUUGCGAUGUUAGGAAAAUGUUACGAAAAACUAAAUUAAAUUUAACAAAAAAAGGAAAAUAGACAAACAGAAUUAAGAGAUUGUUUGACUCGUUUCGUUUAACUGUACUUAGAUCAAAACAACCAAAAUUGUUAUUGUAACAGGGAUAAUAUAAUGAUUUAAAUGAAUUAAAUAUAUUACAAGUUGAGUUGGAAAGAGCACUGGAAACCAAAAGUACAAGCAAUAUUUAUAACAAAGUUAUAAAGCAGUUUAUAUUUUUGAUAAAGUUUCCAGGGAAACGAUUAGCAUACAUAAAUAGGAAAGAAGAGCUUCAAGAUCUAGAAAAGCAAGCUGCCUGUAUGACUCGUUUCGUUCGACUAAAUUACGGAAAGGUAAAUAGAAAAAGAAAGGAAUUUGAACAGGGAGAACAGUGGCUAUUAUUUAUUAUUGAGGAGAAUUCAUUUUUUCUUACUUCUGUUAGAAGUAGAGCGAAUAAUCAAAAUAAUUUAAUUAGUUAGCAAAAGAUUAGUUAGCAGUGACUAAUAUCUACAUUUUUGAAUGAAAUGAGUGGAAUAUAUUAAUA